AUGUCCGUCAAAUUCGAACGCAGUGUCCUCAUCACUGGUGGUACCACUGGGUUGGGCUACCACUGCGCCUUGGCUAUCGCCCGCAAAUGUCCAAACUAUCAGGUCAUAAUCGCAUCCCGCUCAGACCUCAACGCAUCCGCCGAAUCUAUAAACCAAUCCCUCAACCAAGACAACGUCAAAUUUUUACCCCUCGAUCUCUCCUCUCUCGCCAACGUGCGUGCCUUUGCAGAGGACUGGAAACGCAACCAAUUCGCACCAAUCCAGUCCCUCGUCUUCAACGCCGCCCUACAGCUCCCCGGGGAAAUCGAAUAUACAGGAGACGGUUUUGAAAAGACCUUCGCAGUCAGCCACAUUGGACACGCACUUCUAUUCUCUCUGUUACAGCCCUGUCUCGCUGAUGCAGCGCGCGUCGUAAUCACAUCUAGUGGAACCCACGACCCAGCCCAAAAAACAGGUCUCCCUGAUGCGAAGUAUACCACGGCCGAAGACCUCGCUCAUCCACCCGCGCUCGCGGCUAGGGAAAAAGGACGCAAGAGAUACUCCAGUGCCAAAUUGGCCAAUACCCUCUAUAUGUACGCCUUACAUGGACGCUUUACUUCUGUCAAUGAGAAGACCGGGAAGAAUUGGACAGUCACGUCAAUGGACCCUGGUCUCAUGCCAGGAACGGGCUUGGCAAGAGGAGCCAGCAAGGUAGAAAUGUUCCUCUGGUUGCGUGUCUUGCCGCAUAUCAUCCCGCUUUUGCGGCUGCUUCUUACGCCGAAUAUCCAUUUGCCGAGUGAAUCUGGGGCUGCGUUGGCGAGGUUGGCUGUUGGGGCUGAUGUUGAGGGGGUUAGUGGUGUUUACUAUGAGGGGUUGAAGGAGAUUAGGUCUAGUGAGGAUAGCUAUGAUCAGGCGAAGCAAGAGGAUUUGUGGAAGUGGACUCUUGAGACUGUGGCUUGUAAUGAGCGAGAGAGGUUGGCUUUCUCGAUGGAUUAG